AAUCUUAAAAAUGAAAUUGUGAACCGGACGGUUCAGUAAAUUUUCCGGUUUAUAUAAAAAAAUAAAAAACCGGAAACAAAUCAAACCCACCACUCUCAACGUCACAUUUUUAUGUUUCAAAAAUCAAAAUUGCAGCUUUCCUCAUUUCUUGCUUUCCGUCUCCAAUUUUCUUCAUCUUUUUCUCUCCUCUACUCCAUUUCGUCUUCACUAAGCACAAUUUACUUACUGUAGCGGAAAGCGGAAAUGGGUGUCACUAAAUUGUGGGAUAUCUUGGAAUCCUGCAAGAAAACUUUACCGCUUCACCAUCUUCAGAAUAAGAGGGUGUGCAUAGAUCUGUCAUGUUGGAUGGUGCAGCUGCAGAGUGUGAAUAGGUCACACUGUGCUAUGAAAGAGAAGGUUUACCUCAGAGGUCUUUUUCACAGAUUGAGAGCUCUCAUUUCUUUGAAUUGCAGUGUUAUCUUUGUUACUGAUGGAGCUAUCCCAGCCAUCAAAAUUUCUACAUAUAGAAGGCGCUUGAAUUCAGUAAAUGAGGUUACACAAGAUGAUGUAGACAGACACAAAGUUACAUCCCUUCGAAGAAAUAUGGGUUCUGAAUUUUCAUGUAUGAUCAAAGAGGCAAAAAUCCUGGGCAAGGCGCUUGGUAUCCCUUGCUUAGAUGGGAUUGAAGAAGCUGAAGCACAAUGUGCUCUAUUAAACUCAGAAUCACUGUGUGAUGGAUGUUUCACUUCAGAUUCAGAUGUCUUCCUUUUUGGUGCAAGAACUGUGUAUAGAGAAAUAUGCCUUGAUAAAGGAGGAUAUGUAGUUUGCUACGAAAUGAAUGACAUAGAGAAAAAACUUGGACUUGGAAGGCAUUCACUGGUUGCCCUUGCCCUUCUUUUAGGAAGUGAUUAUUCUCAUGGAGUUCGUGGGUUUGGACCUGAAUCGGCAUGCCAGGUUGUUAGAUCAAUUAACGAAGAUGUUGUUCUUCAACGUAUUACUUCGGAUGGUAUAUCUUACUUGACAUCGUUAAAAACCUCAAAGAAACAAGGGAAAAUAUCUGAGCGUCGUGGGAAAGAGAACUUUCCAGAUUCCCAAAUAAAGGCUACUGGAGAUCAGCUCCCUCUAGAAAAAGAUUAUGAAGUUUUGCCGGUGAUCGAAGCAUAUAUGAAUCCAAAGUGUCACUUAGCAGACUCCGAUUCUGUGUACAGGGUCCUUGCUGUGCAUCCUUUUAAUCGUGCUGAGCUUCAGGAGCUUUGUUCUAGGUUCUUUGAAUGGCCUCCUGAGAAAACAGACGAGUAUAUCCUUCCAAGGAUUGCUGAAAGAGAACUGCGGAAGUUUGCUAAUUUGAGGUUGUCUUCCUCACGGUUAGGAGCUGCACUUCCAUUGGACACAAUGCCUGUAAAAUGUCCUAUUUCUGAAGUUCGCAAGCACAGAAGAGUACAAGGUAAAGAAUGCUUUGAAGUUUCAUGGGAAGAUUUUGAUGGCCUUGAAACUUCCGUAGUACCAGCUGAUCUUGUACGGAGUGCUUGUCCUGAGAAGAUUGCAGAAUUUGAGGAAAGAAAAGCUCAAACAAAGAAGCAGAAUCGCCGUAAAGUAAGGCCAAAGAAAUCAGAUGACACGGCUUCUAUGGCUAAAGUUGAUGCAAAACUCCAAAGCCUGCUACUCGACAUUGAGUCUAAGGACAAUGCUGGAUCCAAAUCAAUCUCAGAUCAUAACAGUUGUAAACCAAAGAGAUCCGAAGACAUAGCUUCUGGAGGUGGCCUGUGGGCCGGGUCAGAUCCAGCCCACUCAAUGGGUGGGUCGUGUGUGGAACUUUUAAUCCACCAGUUGAAUACCGUUGGAAAUGUUGAUCAUAGAACUGAAAGCCCGCUAAUCGACGUUGAUUCUGAGGACAAUGCAAGAUACAAACUAACCUCGUGCAAUAGCUCAUCCACAUCAGUAAGCAGCAUUGAAGACUUAACGAUUUCUGAAACAAUUUUGGAUGAAGAAUAUGAGAGCAACAUUGUUAAUAAUAAUACUAGUGUGGAUCACCAAUCAGAUCGUCCAACUAGUAUGGAAACUGAUGUGAUCGAUCUCUUGAGCCCAUCUCCGGUACCAAUGACACGCUAUGUGUCAAAAUGUCAAGGUAAUGUAGAACUAGUUAAUGUUAUUGAUCUGAGUGACUCAUCGGACAUGGAAAUAUCACCUGAUCAUGCUCAGAAAGCACAAGAGCUCAGACAAUUCCUGAGCAGCAUCAGAGAAGAUUUAUCUUGAAACCAAUUUAUCUUAGCUCUAUGUAUCCAUAUUUGUAUCGAUAUGAGCUUUGUUCAAUAGUCUUUAGGCUAGCUUCUUCUGAUUAAUUGUAAUUUGGGCAUAUUCGUUGUGAAGCUAAUAUGCCAUUUGGCUAUUUUUCUUACAAGCUUUUUCGCACCACUGCUCCUUACUGUAACUGUUAAGAUAUAUAUGUAUAUAUUGUGAUUAGUCAAAGUGUAUAAUUUAGUUACCUAUUUUGUAGCCUAGUUUAAGGGAUUUGAUAUCUCUUGUAAAUUGUAUAUAAUGCUAUUGAAGCAAUGAAUAUAAUCACGGAAUAUAAUUCCUUCAUGGUAUCAGCAGUCUAGGGCAAUUUCCGCUGCACCCUAGUGUUGU